AUGUCAGAAUUAACACGCAAUUCUUCAACGGACGAUCCGAAGCUUGAACUAUUGAAUAAUUCAAUGGCUAAAAGUUUAUUUGACAGUCUCAAUUUACAAUUCGAUGAUGGUAAGCCGAAAUUCAGACUAAACGAACCGUCUUACUCUACAGUUAAUAUACCUUAUCAAAAUAAUUUAAAUUGUGACGAUGAUGACGAUGAAACGUCAUUUGUUGUGCUUGAUUGUAACUCUAAAGAUGAUACAAAUAACACCGACAUGAUAUCAAAAGAUGAUACAGAUGUAAAAAAUAAAUUUACUGAUAUGAAAUCAAUGAUGACAUCAUCGUUUUCACUGGAACAGAAUAAUUUAUCAAAAACAUCUGGACUUAAAGAAAAUGACAAUGCCAGUUCUAUCCACAUAAAUUCGAUUGAAUUCAGUCUAUUAAACGAUUUUAGCACUGAGAGCUUAGCUAAAAGUUUUGAAGCAAUCUCGCUUCUACAGAAAGAACAUUCUGAGUUGAAGAUGAAAAUAUCUGACUUAGAAUCUUCAAUGACAUCAUCUUUAACAUUAGAACAGGCUGGAAAUUCAAUCAAUCAGGAGAAAAAAAAUCUUUCAAUCGAAAAUCAAAACUUUUCAAUUGAAAAUCAAAAUCAUUGCAGUAAUUCACAUAUCACAGAUUCAGCUAAUCAAAACUCUAAGGAUUUUAGUCUUAAAGAACUUCCGAAAGAAAAUUCAACAGACCUCGAACAAAUGGCAAAAAAUAAAGACCGUUACGAACGAGAUAUGCAUUAUCAACAAGAAAUAAUAACAUCGCUCAAAGAACAACUACGUUUAUUGAACGAAAAUGCAUUUAUUUCUCUUCAACUCAAUCCAGAAAAUAACGCAAUUCCAGAAAAAUCACAAGAUGAAAACUAUAAAAAAUUCUUUCAGCACUUUAAUCAUUACAAUGAAAAGCUAAGUAUUUUAGCUAAGUGCUACGGAGAACAAACUUCUCACUUUAUUAAUAUUCAAGAUUACUUGAAACGUUGUACUGAUACUUGCGAAUUAUUGUUAGAUAAUAUUGACAGCAUGAAUUUAUCUGUUGAAACAAUUGGAUCUUGUAAAGAAAUUUUGGAAAAUUGCCGAAGAAGCUUGGUUGAUGAGCAGAUAAAGAAUAUUUCUUAUCGCCAAAAUUUAAUUAAAGCACAAAAUGAAUUUCAGAUAAUUUUUUCGGAUUACAAUUCUACACUUCAUGAGUUAGAAAUACUUCGUGAUGAAAAUAUGAAGCCUGCAGAGGUGAAAUAUAAUUUUGAAAAGGAAAAAAAUGAAAUUACAAGAAACUUAAAAAUGUUAGAAGAUGAAAAAAAUCAAUUAUCACUUGAACGAAAAAAUUAUAUGGCUGAACGAAUGAUUCUGGAACAAGAAAAAACGAAUCUGAGUGAAGAAAAAUCAUCAAUUAAUUUUCAAAGUAUGCUGUAUGAGGCGCAAAUGAGAACUCUUCAAGAUGACAUGAAGGUUUUACAAAAACGUCAUGACGAAAUGUUGUUAGAGAAUACAAAACUGAAGGAAGAACUUAAAAUGAAAAAUAUUGAAGUCGAAGGUGUUAAAGCCCGUUUUGAAAUUUCUAAAGAUGACAUUGAUAUGAUUGGUCAUUUACGACAACAACUUGAACUCUACGAAAGUGAUUUUGAAGAAGAAAAACGCACUAAACAGGAGCUGAUCCGCGAACGAGAGCAUCUUACAGAUCAGCUAGGUAAAUUGCGAGAUCAUAAUCAAAAUUUAUUGCAACGAUUGAAUGGACCUAAUCCAGCAGCUGUUCCUCAGCACUCAGCAAACGGGAUUCCGGUAAUUGAAAUCAAGUUGAAGUAAUAGUAUAUUAAGCACCGAGGGAAGUUGAUGCUUUUUGUGACACUUGUGGCUUGUAUAAAAUGCCCGGGCAAUGGCAUGGUCCUGGAUGGUGUCAAGCAAUUGAUUAAUUUCAAACAGCAAUUUAAAGCGAUAAUUUUAUUAAUUUACUCUGACAAAAAUUAG